GUGGUUUAACAGUAAGCCCUAUGGCAACUGCAAACUCCAGCAAUAUCCUGGCCUCCACCUUCUAUCUCACAGGUAUCCCUGGAUAUGAGGAAUUUCACCACUGGAUUUCCAUCCCAUUCUGUCUCCUCUUUCUUGUUGGAAUCAUGGGCAACUGUACUAUCCUACAUAUUGUCCGGACAGACCUCAGGCUCCACGAGCCCAUGUACUACUUCUUGGCCAUGCUUUCUCUCACUGAUAUGGGCAUGUCCUUGCCCACAAUGAUAUCGCUCUUCAGGGUGCUGUGGUCCAUAUCCAGGGAGAUCCAGUUCAACACUUGUGUAGUCCAAAUGUUUUUCAUUCACACUUUCUCCUUCACUGAAUCAUCUGUGCUCUUGGCCAUGGCCCUUGACCGAUAUGUGGCCAUCUGCCACCCACUAAGAUAUGCCACCAUUCUCACUCCUACACUCAUCACUAAAAUUGGAAUUGCAGCCCUGCUUAGAAGUGCCCUUCCUGUGAUUCCACUUCUCGCCCGGAUGGCCUUCUUUCCCUUCUGCCACUCUCACGUCCUUUCUCAUUCUUACUGUCUGCACCAGGAUAUGAUCCGCCUUGCCUGUGCUGACACCAAGUUUAACGUUAUAUAUGGAAUGGUUAUGAUCACUUUACUGUGGGGAAUGGACUCUCUGGGUAUUUUUGUGUCUUAUGUUUUCAUCCUUCACUCAGUAUUAAACAUUUCAUCUCAGGAGGGAAGAUUUAAGGCCCUCAACACAUGUGCAUCCCACAUCUGUGCUGUCCUUAUUCUUUAUGUGCCUAUGAUUGGGCUCUCUGUUGUCCAUCGUUUUGCCAAACACUCAUCCCCUCUCAUCCACAUCUUCAUGGCUCAUAUCUACCUGCUAGUUCCACCUGUGCUCAACCCAAUUAUCUAUAGUGUGAAGACAAAGCAGAUCCGCCAAGGAAUUCUCCACCUGCUUUUCCCCCUAAAACUCAGUUCUUCUCUGACGUAG